GUAGCGGGCUCUUUGGUUCCGCAAGUGCUCUCACCGCCGUCACAGGUGGAGCGGCUUCAGUGUCCUCAAAUGCCGCGCCCAGUGUGCAGGCAAGACCUACGCGGCAGACCGACGAACCGAUGGACACCUCCACUGAAGCAAAGGAUGAGCGGCUAUCCACGAGGGACUACACGCAGCUUCCGGCGCAGCUGGAUCAGCGCUUUGACCAGCUUGAAACGGGUGGUGCGCUUCGUGCAGCCAUUCUCAGCCUGUCAGACACCUGGACCAAGAGGUCGCAAAAGGCAUUGCUGGCAGCCACGACCGAGACAUCCCUCGGGGCAGAUGAGCAGAAGAAGGAGAAGGAUGCAGCCUUUGACCUUCUCGAUGCACUCACGAAGUCUGGGGCGCUCCCCCUGGUGAACGCCAGCCUCCACGUGGUGGUGGCAGCCACCCACUGCUUCGACAAAACAGUAACUGAGACGGUCAUCCAGGACAACAUGAACCCCAUUGAGAAUGUGGAGCGUUCGGCUUUAAUCAUGGCUUCCACCAUCCAUCAGCAGCCUCUGGGUGCCUUGGUUCGAGCUUCGCAUCAGGCCAGACUGCGUGCCACAUCCCCAAGCCUCUUCCUGAUGCUUGGGGACUGA